AUGACAAGUAACACGAAUGAAUCUUCAGAAAAUCCACAGUUGUCUUCUUUUGAAAGAACAGAUUUGUUCCUUUCUGAAAGCUCCCAGGCAGUUCAUAAAACUGAAGCCCUGGAAAAAGUUUUAAAUGAUACAAGCAAAGAAAUAAAUAUUCUAUUAUCAAAAUAUGCUAACAUUUUAAGUGAGAGAGCAACGAUGGAUGCCUCAUAUGUAGAGGAGCUUGAAGGAAUUCUGAAAGAAGCUAGUUCUAUAGAACAUCAUUUGAAGUUGAAAAGGGAGAAUCUAAGGCACAGAUUUGCUGCAAUUGCAGGUCCUCUGCAAAGUGAAAAUGGAUUAUCUGACAAAUGACCUGAAUUCUGAGCACAGGCUGCAUGUUUAGAGUUGUAUAUCUGCUGUACACUAUUCCAGAAUGAAAUACACAUUUAUCUGUUUUGAUGCUUUCAUAUAUUAGUUAGUAUUGAUUAUUCAGGAAACAUCCCAAUACUUUUCAAAGCAAUGUCACCUUAUUUAAAGAAUAUCAGUAGUUUUAUUAAAAUAGUAUAUAGGAUUUUGGUUUUAGAAUGGUUAUGUGGGAUUGGCUUCUAUGAGGCCCAACCUUUUUUCUUUUAGAAAACAAAAAGUUUGGUUGUGGAUUUCCCUCCAUUUCUGACUAGUGAUAUAUCAGAAAGACAGAAUGGUGAAAAUUCUGGAAUGCUUGACCUAGAAUAGACUGAAGAAUAGUGAAGAAUAGUGAUAGAAAACUUAUGAGCAUUAUACAGUGACAGAAAAAAAGACUAAUUUAGACUGAAGCUUCCUUAUUGUGGGGUACAGACCAUAUUGAGCACUUUAAAAUCCAAUUAUUGUGUUCAAUGGAAGAGAGUCAAACACAUACUUAAUUGUCACAUUGAAAUGUUUAACCGCGCUUAACCGUGGCUGGAUUCUGCUCAGUAUAUAUUUUGGUAAAACCAUAUUUCAAACAAAACACCUGUCUUAUUUAAACACAAUUUUAAAGGGUCAUCUUUCUGGAUGUAUAUUUUAUUAUAUUUGAAUGUUGGGGGACUCAGUAAAUGAAAAUAAAAUAGAAAAGAAGGAAGUGUUCCAAAAAU